AUGGCAAGCGGAAUUCUUCGCGUGAAAGACGACACUGUUGUCGAUGAGAAUGGUCAGCAAGUUGUCCUUCGAGGCACCGCGAUCGGUGGAUGGAUGAACAUGGAGAAUUUCAUCACAGGAUUCCCUGGUCAUGAGGUGCAGCAUCGCGCAGCUAUGCGGAGGGUCCUGGGUGACCAAAAAUACGAGUUCUUCUUCGACAAGUGGCUCGAGUACUUCUUCACCGACGCAGACGCCCAGUUCUUUGCGAGCUUGGAUCUGAACUGUCUACGAAUUCCAUUCAACUAUCGUCACUUUGAGGAUGAUAUGAACCCGCGAGUUCUCAAGGAGUCUGGCUUCAAGCACCUCGAUCGCGUGAUUGACCUGUGCGCUGCCCACGGUAUCUAUACGAUUCUUGACAUGCACGCUGUGCCUGGUGGUCAGAACCCAGACUGGCACUCGGACAACCCUACAAGCUAUGCUGCAUUCUGGGACUACAAGGAUCAUCAGGAUCGCACAGUGUGGCUGUGGAAGCAGCUCGCAGCCCGCUACAAGGACAAUGCUUGGGUUGCUGGUUACAAUCCAUUGAAUGAGCCUUGUGAUCCUCAGCAUGUCCGACUUCCCGCAUUCUAUGAACGGAUCGAGAAAGAAAUUCGCUCAGUUGACCCUAACCACAUCUUGUGGCUGGACGGAAACACAUUCGCCAUGGAGUGGAAAGGUUUCGAUAAAGUUCUCCCCAAUUGCGUCUACGCGAUGCACGACUACUCGACCAUGGGUUUCCCUACCGGUGAGCCCUACAAGGCGACCCCCGAACAGAAAGACUCGCUCGAACGCAAAUUCCUCCGCAAGGCAAAAUUCAUGAUGGAAAAGAAGACCCCUAUCUGGAAUGGCGAGUUCGGCCCCGUCUAUGCUGAUGCAGUCCUCGAUACCGAUGCCGAGUCAAUCAAUCAGGAUCGCUACAACCUACUUGGAGAACAGCUGCGCAUUUACGACAAGUACAACAUCAGCUGGUCAAUUUGGCUAUACAAGGACAUCGGUCUCCAGGGUAUGCUCUACACCAAUCCCGAAAGCAAAUGGAACAAGACGAUCCAGCCUAUCCUUGAGAAGAAGCGCAAGUUCUGGCUCGAUAAAUGGGGACAACGGCCUGCGCCAGAACCCGAGGCGGUCUUCCGACCCAUGGUGGAGUGGAUUGACCGCGUCAGCCCAGCGGCCAAGGAGACGUAUCCGACAUCGUGGAACACGGACUUGCAUCUGCUGCGAAAUGUGUUCAAUACUUUCUUGGCGCAGUCCUUCGUCGAUGAGUUUGCGGAGUUGUUCCGGGGCAUGGAUGAGAAGCAGCUCGACGAGUUGGCGAGAAGUUUCCAUUACGACGAAUGCAAGCAACGAGAGGGCCUGAAUCAGAUCUUGAAGGACCACGCUGCGACAUCCAAGUGA